UGCGCGGCGACCCGGAGACACCCCGCGGCGGGGACGACGCCCCCCACCCCGGCCCCUCGAGUCGCCGGCUGUGCGUCUGGCACGCGUUUGACGCCCAUUUCUCCGAAGGGAAACUGAGGCUCAGCCGGAGGAACUUGCCGGAGGUCCCCAGCCAGCAAGCCGGGCCGAGGACUGGGUGCCCCGGGCCUCCUGGGGCAGUAAACAGCCCUUUGGCCUUGGAGGCGUCCUUCCUGCGCCCCACUCCGCCUCUAGCCCCCGGGUCACCGCGGCCUGGACCUCUGUCACCCCGCACUGGUUUGGCUGGGCCCUGACUUGUGAAUGGCAGCAGCCAGGCCAGGCCUGGGCCGCGUCCUCCCGGGGUCGUCCAUCCUGUUCCUCUGCGACAUGCAGGAGAAGUUCCGCCACCGCGUCGUGUACUUCCCGGAGAUCGUCGCCGUGGCUGCGAGGAUGCUCAAGGCGGCCCGGCUGCUGGAGGUCCCGGCCGUGCUGACGGAGCAAUACCCGCAAGGCCUGGGCCCCACAGUGCCAGAACUGGGUGCCACGGGCCUCCAGGCCCUGAGCAAGACCUGCUUCAGCAUGGUACCCGCCUUAAGGCAGGAGCUGGACCGCCGGCCCCAGCUGCAGUCCGUGCUGCUCUGCGGCAUCGAGGCGCAGGCCUGCAUCCUGAACACAGCGCUUGACCUGCUGGACCGGGGGCUGCAGGUCCAUGUGGUGGUGGACGCCUGCUCCUCUCGAAGCCAGGUGGACCGGCUGGUGGCGCUGGCCCGCAUGCGGCAGAGUGGCACCUUCCUCUCCACCAGCGAGGGGCUCAUUCUGCAGCUCGUGGGCGACGCUGCCCACCCCCGGUUCAAGGAGAUCCAGAACAUCAUUAAGGAGCCCGUCCCGGACAGCGGGCUUCUGGGCCUCUUCCAAAGCCAGAACCCCCUCUUCUGAUGAACUCAGGACCCUCACUUGAGGGGAGCCCACCCUGCCGUCACCAUAACCUCAGUGGAAGCACCCCCCCAUCCCUGGAUCCCAAGAGUGGUGCAGUCCACCUGGAGUACCGCCCCCUGGGGGAGGGAGGCGUGGUUGUCUUCUCAUUGGGUAGCCGUUCCAGGAAAUGCAAAUGAGGCUCCUGGGAGUUGGGUGGGAAUUGGCGGAGAGCGAGGUGGAGGCGGGGCUCGGCCCCGGGCCACUUCACGCGGCGGGGAGGGGAGGGGGAAGUGUCUCCGACUGUGGGACCCGCACUCGCGGAAUAAACAUUUAUGUGGCUCUGGA